AUGCAUCGCUUUUUUGAAUUUGACGAUAUCAUCCAUGCCGUGUUACAACAUGUCAAAUCCUCUGCGACGGACUUGGUGAACGUGGCGAUGACAUGCUCCAGGCUGGCAGGUCCCGCCCUCAAUAUCCUCUGGUCCGAACAACGGAGUCUAGCACCUCUCAUUAUGUGUCUACCGGAAGACGCCUGGGAGGUCGUGGAGGAUCAUACUAUCAAUCUUUCUAGAGAACCAACUCCCAUUGAGUGGGAGCGCCUUAGAAUAAAUGCAUCGAGAGUGCGUCGACUUCUUACUGAUAACUGCGAGCCCCUGGAGCUACAACCCAGUGGCCGUGUCUUACAGAGACUUUUCGAGCGGUUCCCUCCUAUCAGACUCUUCCCGAACCUUUGCGAAUUGGAUUUCGAGGCCACAUUUGGUUUUCUGGAGUGUAGUUCAAAAGUCUUGCUACUUCGGCAGUUCCUGUCGCCUAGAUUGGAAGCGCUCGCGUUUGAUGUAGCUGGCUUGCCGGCGCAUGAAGUAGAGCAAUUGCUUGCUGCUCUUCCCGCAGAAGCGUACGGUUUGCGCCAGAUGAUGAUAUUGGCGGACAAUGGUGCCAAAACUGUUACAGUCCCUCCGAGCCUCAGAAAGCUGCCAAAGUUAACGCAGCUGGCCAUUUACGCAAUCGAUACAUGUCUGACGAGGCAGACAAUCAACAAUAUCCAGCAAGCACAACGUCUGCAAACCCUCAACAUUUCUUUGCGCGGAGCCUCCUGUGAUGCGGGCGAUAUACCCUUUGAAUUGCCUAGUCUCGAAUUUUUACGUCUCUUUGGCGAUUCCUUGCCACAGUGCACGCACUUCCUUCGUCAAGUCACCACCCGACAACUACAAUUAAUCGAUAUCUGUUACUACAAGCCUGCUCGCCCGACCGAAAUCGCCGCCUUCAUAGAAUCCUUGUCCACGUUAUGCCAAAAUUUCAGAUCCUUGAAACAAUUCUACCUGGUCGAUUCAUCAAUUGUGAAUGAUGAUGAACCCGCCGCCCCACUCCCCUCUCAAAUCUUCCGACCCUUGUUCAAGUUCAACGAACUGGUAUCUGUUGUAUUCCUCGGCAUUGGAGACUACAACCUUGACGAUAGGUUCAUCAAUGAUGUCGCAGUUGCCUGGCCGCUUAUUCAGGAUUUGAAGUUCACCGCCUCAAGGAGGCAUGCCGGUUGUAACGUCACCUUUACCGCCCUGAUGUCACUGGCGUCAAGGUGUAGAUUGCUGCAAUUUUUGCAUCUGACGUGCGAUGCUACACAGGCGACGAUAAUUCCUCGAGCACCGGACGGGACCAACGAGUUUUGGCCCACGCAAACCGCCCUUUGCAAUCUGCACCUUGGGUACUCCGAGAUGUCGGAAGUCUCGGGCGUACCAUAUUUCCUAGCUGAAGUAUUUCCGACUCUAUCGCAUUUCUACUGGUAUCGCAACACUGGGGACUUCGGUAUCGAUAUUCUUAUGGAAGCAGCACUGGAAGUAGCACGGCAAGAACUAAGGCUGGUUCGGGGCUUGAAUGCACCAUAG